CACAGCCUAUUGCCAUUGAUCUGAGGCCGCCAGUCAACAGCUUCAUUCCAUCCCUAUCUUUUGAAACAGAGUUAGUAAACAGUGCUUUGACUCUUUGCCAGAUGGUUGUGUGGCUUUGAUUCACCAGUGUUUGUCCAGCGGUCUGAACAGAGGGGUCAUUGAAAUGCAUAGAAAGCAGCACUUAGAACUCCUCCUACUAAGCUGAUUCCCGAAUUCAAUUGAUGGUUGCAAAGGGGAAAUGAGCCUGCUCAGUUCCCCAAGCCUCAGUGCUUGUUGACCAUUAACCAAGACCCCAAACUGAUCCGCUGGGCUUUAGUUCACACACCCAUUCUCUACUAUAAGAAUGAAGGACCCAACAGGGAAGAUGGUUACUGACCCAAGGAGAUAUCCUGUCUUAGCGAUCAUGGUACAACUGCUUUUCAUCUUUGUUGGUGCAGGGUCUGGAAAUUUUACAAGAAGCCAAGCAUGCACCGAUUUCCAGUCUGCAAGCUUAUUACGCGGCAGCAGCCUCAAAGUUCAGUUUCUCCUGUUCUCCUCUUCCAACCCCAGCUGUGGACAGCUGCUUUCCACACGUGAGGACCUGCAAAACUCCAGUUUCGAUGCCACCUUGGGAACCAAAAUAAUCAUCCAUGGUUUCAGGGUCCUCGGUACGAAGCCCUCCUGGAUAGAUGGGCUGAUUAAGGCCUUGCUCCAGGCAGCCCAAGCCAAUGUGAUUGCUGUCGACUGGGUCCAUGGAAGCACAGCAGCCUAUUAUGCCGCAGUGGAAAAUGUGAUGAAGUUGGCACUAGAAAUAGCCAGUUUUAUUCGCAAAUUGCUGGACUUGGGAGUGCCUGAGAAGUCCAUCCACCUUAUUGGGGUGAGCCUUGGAGCCCAUGCCGGGGGUUUGGUAGGCCAUUUCUUUGAAGGCCGACUGGGAAGGAUUACUGGUCUGGAUCCUGCAGGGCCCAAGUAUACCAAGGCCAGCCGCGAAGAGCGCCUAGAUCCUGGAGAUGCUGUCUUUGUGGAAGCCAUUCACACAGAUGCAGACAAUUUUGGUAUCCGGAUACCUGUUGGCCACAUUGAUUACUAUGUCAAUGGUGGCAGAGAUCAGCCUGGAUGUCCCCGUUUUAUAUCAUCUGGCUAUAACUACCUGAUCUGCGACCAUAUGAGAUCGGUGCAUUUCUACAUUAGCGCCUUGACUGACCCCUGCCCCAUGAUGGCGUUCCCUUGCUCGAGUUACCAGGAUUUCUUAACUGGCCACUGCUUGGACUGUUUUAACCCUUUCCCCCUCUCCUGUCCAACAAUAGGACUGCUAGACAAUGGAGGAGUCCACAUGGGAAAACUACCGACAGAGGUAAAGGUUUACUUGGCCACAGCUACGUCAGCACCAUACUGUGUGUACCAUAGCCUGGUAGAAUUUCGCAUGCAGACGACGAGGACUUCGGACACCAACAUUGAGGUAGCCUUUCUCAGCACCAACUCCUCAUUCAGCACCAGCAUUAUCAUACCCAAGCAGCAGACCUUAGGCAAGGGCCUCCUGACACACUCUGCCCCGCUGUGCCAGAUGAAAAACAUGAUGCUGCAGUACCGUCACAAGACCUGGAGAAGGAAUAAAGAUGAGACUCCUGUUUUGGGCCAGUUCUGUACUGCUCCCCUGCCUGUCGACACCAGUAAGGAGAUGUUCUGUCUACCUCAGCUGCUGACUCUUACACGAAACAACCCACUUCUACAUGGCCUCACCGUUGCCUGCGAUUAGCACAAUUGAGCAAAGAGAUAACAACAAGAGUCCUAAGGGUGAAGGCAUAUAUUCUAAAAUACAAAAUGUGAUAGAAGCCCAGUUGUCGGGGAACUAAGCAGAUGCAGAUACAGAAAUUCUCUCAGUUCACGUGUUCUCUCAGUGUUUAGGAAUGGAGUUCUUUGAAGCAAAUGUGAGCUGCAUUUGUCCACAGCACAUUCUUGUCCGUAGAUUAGACAUAUUUAAUGUUGUAUUCUUUACAUGUUGCUUUGCUUGAUGUUUCAUAAUGCUGUUAUCCUGAAACUCCCUGCGAGAGGAAGAUUUUAUUAUUCCCUCCCUCUUCUACAUCACCUCAAUAUACUAGCUGACAGUCAGCAGACUGAGAGACUGGGAACAUUUCCAUUCCCAAGUCAAUCCAGGAAGAGUUUGCCCAUUUCUAAUGUUACCUGUAGGGGUCGUAUUGUUUCCGAUUGUUGUUGUUUAGUCGUUUAGUCGUGUCCGACUCUUCGUGACCCCAUGGACCAUAGCACGCCAGGCACUCCUGUCUUCCACUGCCUCCCGUAGUUUGGUCAAACUCAUGUUCGUAGCUUCGAGAACACUGUCCAACCAUCUUGUCCUCUGUCGUCCCCUUCUCCUAGUGCCCUCAAUCUUUCCCAACAUCAGGGUCUUUUCCAAGGAUUCUUCUCUUCUCAUGAGGUGGCCAAAGUAUUGGAGCCUCAGCUUCACGAUCUGUCCUUCCAGGGAGCACUCAGGGCUGAUUUCCUUAAGAAUGGAUAUUGUUUCCGAUAGCAGCUGCUAAAACUCAACCAUUUGUAAAACAAACGCAGUCAUCACUAAGGAGUGUCUGGUAUCAUGAUUUUGACUCAAGUAUUCAAUGAUGUUAAUAGUCUCCUUUGAUACUCUGUUUGUAGGUUCUGCUGCAGCUGUUAUGCUUUCCUAACAUGUCAAACUAAGUAGCACGUAAACUAUGUUUUAUGACAUCAGAUUGUUCAAAGUGGUAAGAAAGGAAAAGGAUUGCAUGCUUUAAAAAAAAAAAAAAGUCGCCACAACUACCAAUAAAGAAA